UUCCCUACUCGCGCCACAAUGCGGGGGGCCUCCACCGGAAUCGUCUACGGCGGCCUCAAGUACCAGGCCCGAUGCAUCACCGACGUUAAGGCCGACGUUGACCACACCAGCUUCCUCGCCGGAACUCUCAGCCUCAAAGAGGAAAACGAGGUGCAUCUGAUCCGACUUUCGCCGUCAGGAUCGGAGCUCAUAUGCGAUGGUCUCUUCUAUCACCCAAACGAGAUCUGGGAUCUCAAGACUUGCCCAUUCGAUCCCAGGAUUUUCUCUACAGUGUUCACUUCUAGUGAGUAA